GAAAAAUGCAAAUGGCGGCAGUUGGCAGUGUUGUUAUUAUUCGUAAUAAAAGGUUUUUUAUAAGAUUUAUCGUGAAUUCAGCAAUGGACAAGUAGAAAUAUGUCAGCUAAUAUCAUCAAAAUAUUAGUUAUUCACCGUUUCUGAGUGUACGAUUGCAUAUUUUCGUGGUAUAAGUGUGUCAUGCAAAUGGGAAUGGCGGCGGAUAGUGACGGCACGUUGACGGCAGUCGUUAUCUGCGAGGGGGACGUGCGGGAUCCCGAGUUCCCCAAGAAAUUCCGUGUGUUAUUGGCGAGGCUGAAAGCCCUCCUUGAACAACCAAAAUCCAAAAAGUUGAAAGUGAACAAGGUGGAACCAUGGAACAGUGUCAGAGUAACUCUUUCCAUUCCAAAGGAGGCUGCCGUGAGAUUGAGACAGCUGGCGGCGGAAGGGAGCACUGCACUGCGGGCCCUGGGCAUUCUCUCAGUGCAGCUGGAGGGAGACACUGUGAUAUCGUUACGCCUGAUGGGGCAGGAGAUUGUCCUGAGAACAGAGACAUCAAGUGCAGCUACUGGUUGCUCGCAAGAGACGACGGGCAUCGGCGAGCUGGGCAGGAUUCUGUCUCAGGCGCAGCAACAGACGACGGCCCAGCCUUCGGGGAGCAUUGUGAAUGGUCCGUCAGGGAGUACGACCCCGACGGCUGGACCGUCUCGGAGUGCCACGGAGGCGAGCACCAUCAAUCCAUCGAGUACAACGGUGUCAAACGGAGUGCAGCUGAAGGCGCCCGCCCAGGCGGUCUUCAAGUCGCCUAAUACAGUGUGUCCGAUGGAUGGGAAACUGCCGGUGCACGUGCCCAACGUUGAGUCGUGCGAAUACCCGUUCGAGAGCAUGACCCAGGCGCGCGUCAUCCAUCGGCGGGAGAUCACGGGCAGCGGAGGAGGCUUUGUGCAGCAGGCGGCGCAGCCACCGCCGCCCUAUCCCACGAAGGGGCCCAAGAUGGCUGCGGUGGCGCCGCAGCAGCCACCGAAUGUGGCCAGCUCGAGUCCGCUGCUGGUGAAUCUGCUGCAGAACGAGGGCCAGCCAGUGAAGGUGGCCAAGAGUGGGCCCGAAGUGGCCAGUGAGGGUGUGAAGAACAGUGUGGGGCAGGUGGAUGCCCAUGAGAACACAGUGAACAAGUGCAUGGGCAACAGUAAACAGACAAUGAGUGGACAGUUGCAUCAGCAGCAAUCACAGACAUUUGUUGUGAGUGGUGUACCUGUUAAUUCUCACGCCAGCAACAUUGUGAACGCGGCCCCGGCGCCGAGCAUUGCGAACAGUGUUUCGGGCAUGGGACAGACGGUGCAGCAUCAAAUAGUGGGCGGAGGGAAUUCAGUGCCUUCAAAUGUUAAACUACAGUCUCGCUUUAUUGGGCAUGCUAAUCCUCAGGCGGUGCAGAUGAGAGGUGGUGGCAUGCAUCAGCAGAGAGUGAUGAUCACCCAUCAUCAGGCACAGCAGCAACAGCAGCAGCAGCAGCAGCAACAACAGCAACAGCAACAGCAGCAACACGGAGCAGUGCCUUCGGUGAUGCCACAGCAGCAUCAAGUACUCCAGGACAUGGCGUUCAGGCAGUCCCAAGGGAUGCCCUUCAACAUUGUGUCCGGUGGCAAUAUGCAGGCAUCUGUGGCGGCCACAUCAUCGCAGUCCACAUACAAUCCACGGUGGCCUUUGAAACCAAUGGAUUCGGCAACAAAGUCCAGCUUUCAGGAAUUCACACGCUAUCAAAUGCAAUACAACUUGAGUCAGCAGCAACUGCAGGAUGCCACAUUUGAUGCUAGCAAUCAUCUCGAUGGCAGCACCAAUUCCACUUUCUCAGGUGGUGGAGAUAUGAAUCACCAGGGGACGCAUUUAGUGUCACAAGCACCGUCAGCAGCCACGGGUCCGGGGGGUGCUGGCAUGGUGGGGCCCCACGCGGAUCACUUGGGCAUCAACAGCCUCGGGGAUUUGGAUGAGAGUCUCAAGGAUCUGGACGCCCUCAUACCGAGUCUCAACUCGUGCGACUUCGAGCACAGUUUAUCUCUGGACCCAAAAGCGCCUUUUGAGUCACUCCUUGAUCUCGAUCUGUCCACGGAUCAGCAGCCAAACCUCGGACUGGGCACGGGGAUGGCCGUGAGUGGUGGCAAUGUUACUGCAGCCGGUGCGCCGACUGAGGCUGUGGUGACAACGAAGCAGGAGAACAAGGAGAAGCAGUAUCUCAUAAACCCACUCACGGGGGAGCUGGAGCCCAUGGCGUCGGAUGAGAGUGCCUCGGAGGCUGACGCGGACGAUGCAGCCAACUUCAAUGCCUUCAACUCGGAAAUGUCCAAUUCCAUCUUCUCAGAUGAUGAUAAUUCGUGCAGCACGGGCUUCUCUAAGUUGUCCGAUCACAGUGACACGGAGAGGUCCAAUAACUCGGAGAACUCGCACAAGAGCAGCAAGAGUAGUAAGGCGAGAUCGAAGGAGAAGCGCGAUGGGACGAAGAGUGUGAAGAAGGCGAAUGCCAAGGAUAAAUCCCUGAAGGCCACGUUCAAGGACAAGCUGCAGCAGGGCAUUAAGGAGAAGCUGAGCAACAAGGGAAAGGAGCGCCCCUUGAAGACGGUGCCCAAGAUCGUGUCGAAGCCCGAGGAGAUGGGAACGGUGGGGAAAAUGUGUCCGGAGAAGAUAAAGUUGCGGCUGAAGUUGGAGAAAUCCGAACCAAUAACGCCCGUGUACAAGGCGGACGUGAGUUUUAUCAAUACCCAACAGCCGAAACGUGCACAGAGUUCAUCAACAUCGGGCCUCCCAUCCACCAUCACCACCCUUCUGCAGACGGCGGGUGGCAGCGGCAGAGCAUCACCACAAUCGACAAUUGGUGUCAUUCAGCAAUUCACAUCUGCGACUGCAUCACCAUCCCAGUACACCGCUCAGCAGCAAUCGCCAUCGCCGGCUGUUGGCGAGGAGCUGCGAGUCCCGCCGCUUCACAUUAGCCUCCGUGGGCGGAACUCCAUGGUGAUUCGCAACAGCAAAAAGGACCGGAAGAAAUCUCAGAGUGGCGGCGAUCCGGAUGACGACGGUGUGAGCAAGAAGGCGAACAAAAGGAGUAUGGUGUAUGAGAAGGACACGAGUGACGGUAGCGAAAGUGACUUUCUGAUGAAACUCAAGGCAGCGAAGAAGGAUGUGGACAAGUCACUGAGCGAGAUCACGGCGACCAUUGUGACGGCAGGGAAGAUGAGCGAUACUAGUCAGGGGAGCAAUACCAGCUACACCACUGCCACUGUGACCCACCAGAUGUCUUCGGGAGAGCAGCCGACUGAGAGUGGUGGCUCCAGUAAGGUGACGGAUGAGAAGCAGAUUGCGGACAUUCUUAUGCACUCCACAAAUGGCGUUCUCUUGCCGGCGGAGAAGAAGCGACGAUUGUCAGGGACUGACGGCGUGCCUCAGCAGAAGGAUCCGAGCGAGAGGUAUCUGGUGCUGACGGCGCCAAUUGGAUCAACGAAUGUCGGGACACUGCCACAGCACUCGACACUCUCCACUGCGAAGAUCCAGAAGGGGAAUAACAAUAACAAUACAGUCAAUCGCUUCCAUAAGGCCAUCGUGAAGCAAACAAAAUCGCUGAAAAACAAGGAGAGGAUCACCACGACAUCCGUGGUGACGAAGGAGGGUAACCGCACUCUCGUGACCAUGACAACAAUUGGUCAUGCGUCGCCGUCGCCAGAUGUGGCCCAGCAGAAGUCUGUGCUGCCGCAGGGUAGCGUGGAUGCCAUCAGUGAGGAAAAGUUUAAGCAGAAGUUUCUGGAGAAUGAGAAGCCGUGCCCGAAAGUUGCGGAACUUGUGGCGGCACAGUCGAGUGGCAGUGGGCAGAAGUUGACAGAGUCUCAGGCGAAGAUGGUGGCGAAGAUUGAGAAGGUUUUGCCGCCGGGAAAGGCAGUUACGGUGGUGGCGCGCAGUCUGAAUCCCAAUAAUUCGCCCAAGAGGGAUCUCACGACGGUGGAUCCGAGUGCGAUGGCGCAAGGAGUGCGUGGAUCACCGGGCUCGCAGGCCCAGGGGGAGGAUAGUGGAAUUGAGUCGAUGGAUGCUCUGUCGGAGAAGAGUCCUCACCAGGCGUCCCAGAGUCCUCAGGCGGAACUGGCCACGACGACGACGAAACAGGUGGCGAGUCCGAAGGAUGCCAGUGCACCGGUGGUGACGACAAUCCACAAUGUGCCGAAGAAUGCGGUGAUUGUGAAGGCGAAGAGCAACAAAAUCAACAACAUCGAUGAUUUCCACAACAUGGUGGACAUAGAGGCUGCUUUGGCGAAGAUGGAGGGUAUCAAUGACAUGAUUAUCACCAAAAACUGUGAUAGUGGAAAGGUGAAUGGUGACUAUUCAUUGAGUGAGGUGGAACUACUAAGCAAUUUAAGCAAUCAAAAGAGUGCAACAAGUGUGUCACUUAGUGAUCAUAUGGGGGAGAGUGUGAAGGGGAACUGCAAGGAUAUGAAUGAGAACAAGGAGGUGACGUCUAAAUUGACCAUCGAGUCACAAAUGCUGGAUGAGUGCUGCAAUAGUGAGAAAAAGACUACGUCCUAUGACGGCGAUGUGGCUGAUGCCAAGUCCAGUGAAAGUGUGGGAGGCGGUGACAGUGGCAAGGAUGAGGAGAAGAUGGACACGAAGUGUGACAAGGAUCCUCAGCCUGUUCGGAUUGUCCCUGCACUGUACACGUACUCGAAUUCCGACAAGGUGGCCAAUCGAGAGGCCUCCAGUGAUGCCUCAGUGUCUGUUCAGCAGCAAUCCAAGGAGAUUCUCCAGCAGUUGUGCAUCGAAAUACCGACAAGCAAUGAUUCGGACAAUGUGCCAAGGGUCCGAACGCGUGCCAGCAGCCGUCUGGAGAGUCCCCUGGAUGUGCCGAAGCAGAGUCCGUCAUCGGAUCCCCCUGUUCAAUCCACCGCAAUCACCACGAAGAUGGUGCAGAAACUCUCGGCGGCCGCCAUUGAUAAGCUGAGUCCGAAGACGGCUAACAAGAUGGGCAAGAGGAAGCGUCAGGGCUCAGAGAGCUCAACGCAGUCCAGUGUGAGCGAUGACACACCCGGCAGGGCGAAGAAGACGCGCAAGACGAACCCCGAAGCGAGCACGGGCAAUAGUGGGAAGAACAUCCAGACGCAGAGCGGCAAGAAGGCCGAGGUGAAGCCAGUCCCUGCGGCAACAACGGUGGUGUCAGGUGCGAAUUCCGCGACGGCAGGUGCAAAGCCUGCGGAUGGUGUGGUGAAAAAGUGCGAGGAUUCGUCCGACAGCGAUGAGCCACUGAUUGAGAUUGCGGGAAAGGUGAGAAACUCGAAGCUGACGAAGAAUCCGCACGGGCAGCAGCCGAUAGUUGUGCAUCACAACUCGACUGAGCCUGUAGAGAAGAUCCUGCGCAAUCACAAGGUUGUGCUGCCCAUGACGUCGGCGAUGCUGGGAAACUCAGUGAAUGCGGACAUGGAGGACAGCGGCGGCAGCAAGAAUUCUCAUAUCGCGAAGGGUGUGACGAUCAGUCGAAUUAAUGCGUCGGUGAUUGACGAGAAGAUCAGCACAAGACGCAGUGUCCGCAUGACGACAUCCACAACAAUCGGACUGGGUGGGAAGAACAAAGCGGCCGGACACAGUGCCACUGCCAAUGAUGCUGGAAAGAUGGGACAUCAGAUGCAGAAGAGUGUGUCAGUGACGCAGCAAAUUGGUGGAUCUGAACAGAGUGAGGCGAGGAGGAAGACUAGGAGUGCUGGUCUGGACGCUUCUGAUAACAGGCGACGAAGAGGCUCGCGCGACAGCAAGUGACCAAUACCUUGCGUCUCAGCUACACCAGUGGAGGCGCAACCGGAUCAUAAUUUAAGUGGUGAUUACAGUUUGGACGGUUACGAUUCAUCAGAUGAUAGCGUUGGACUAUCAAUACUGGCUAUUCCAUUAUACUGAGUAGGACGCAUCAACACAACAAUAAUAACCGCAUAAUAGUGCAGAGAUGCUAAAUAGAUAUGUAAACAUUGGAGGAGGAGAGACGAGGUAUGAGUCCAAAGCUUUUCUUUCAUUUCCAUUCACAAACUUCACACAAUUCACUAUUAGGAAAAAAAAGAAACUCUUUUCUAGUGACACAAAAAAAGCUAUGAAAGUAAAGAAGAAAAGUAAUAAAGAUAGAAAUAAUAAAAAUAGAAAAUAUAUAUAUAUAUAGUGAUGGAGGUGAAAAAAAUGAACACACAAGAUAAAAAAACAGUGUCUUAAAAAUGUAUUUUUGGUACAUUGAAGGAGAUAAAACAAAGGAAAAUAUAUAUUACAGAAGAAAUAUGAAAUGUGGGUGAAAGGAGAUGAAAAGCAUAAAAUAAUGAACACAAAUGAUAUGAAAUGUAAAGUAAUAAUUUGACUAGGAUUUUCAAAUCAUAUUUCAAGAAGGUAUUUUUGUAUAAGACAAAUGAAAUUAUAAGAGAGAAGCUGAAACACACUUUUAAGGAACAAUAAUGUAACUAUCUUAGAUUGUAGUUGAAGAAUUGAGAUUCUGCAAAUUUUUUCACCGUAUGAAAUAUUUCUUCUAAUUGCGCAUCUUUGUAGAACAUUAACCAGCAAUUGCAAUGGUAUUUCUUCUUUAUUUCUCUUCUUUUUGGUCACCUUUUGUGAACGGUUGAUGAAUAGCCAGUAGACAGAAUUGAUAAGAACAUUCAAUGAAUUUUCCAAAUUGACCAUUUCGAUUGCGUUUCUUUGUAGAACAUUUAUGGAGCAGAUGAUGAAAAAAGCAACAACAAAAAACACUCGAGACCUUUUUGCCUCACACUUUAUAUGAAAAAAAAAGAAAACGGAUAGAUGAAAUCUGAUUUUUAACCAUGACUUUUGUCAUCACAAUUUAAUAAUCUAUAUUUUAUUGGAAGAAAGAUCUACAUUUAAACAAUAGUGAUGAAUUGAUGAUUGCUUGAUAAAAGUGAAACGAGAGAGAAGAGGAAGUAGAACAGAUCGAGCGAGAGAGAGAGGAGAGAAUGUGGAAUCAUAACGCAAUUUUUUCAUAAAAAGAACUAUUAAAAAAUAUUGUAAUAUAGAGAAAGAAGGAAAGUAAUAUAAGACGACACAUUCACACACUUAAAGAUCAUUGAAUUGAAAUUAAAUUUGUAGUAAAUUCACAUAUAUUUAGUAAGUAAUUUUCAUGAAAAAAAGAAGGAAGGAAUAGUAAUAAUAUUGUCAUUAAUUGUAUAGAGAAGAUGGUAUAAUAUUUCUUUUUGCAUUAAGUCUUGUUUAUUUAACAAGUCGAUAAUUCUGAUUUUUCUAUAUAUGAUUGCAAAAGGGAGAAUAAAUUGUGAGCGAAUGGCAGGAAUGAAUGAGCCUCGAUUUUGUGGAUGAUGAAAGCCACAUUGCUUCAGACAUUUCUUAUUUAAGUGUAAAUAUUCUAGAGAUGCUUAUUAUGUAAAAAAAAAAUGCGACGUGCGCAGAUGAUAUUUUGUAAAACAAGAAAUAAUUUAAUGAAAUCACACAUGAUAAUUUAGUCCCAGUUUAAUUUAUAGUGAUCUGAAAUGUAUAUUUCAGCUUAAACUUCUCAGUUUAUCUUCUAAGUAGGACGGAAGGAGAAAACACGAAGUGAAAUGAUGGAGUAAUGAUUGAAUUAUGAAAUUGUAAAUAUUGAUUAAACAUUAAUAUCGGCUGUAAUGUUUUCAAUCACAGACGUAUUAAGAGAAUAAAAAGAAAAAUGAGAAAUCUUUUGUAGAAGUAUGCAGCUAGUCCCACAAAACUGGCUAUUUUAUAACUGAAAAUUUAUCGUCAAAUUUAUUUCUUUCAUCCAACACUUAAAAAAAAUGGAGGUGAACGAUUAAUAGCGAAAAAGUAAUAUGUUUCUAGUGUACAGAGUAAUUAAUUUACAAUGUAAUGCAAAAUACAUAUACACACACUUUUUCUUUAAAGGAGAAUCGAGCGAGAGAGAGUGAGAGAGAGAGAAAA